GAGCUGUCAAUGAUUGGCUGUUAGAUCUAUGUUUUGGUCUUGGUGUUUUGCGUUCAGUAUGUUUGCUCGUUUGCGAGCGUCCUCUGAAAUAUAAUAUAACACAGCAAUAAAGAUAAGUAAAGCAACCUCUCUCUCCAUUAGAAAAGGCUUUAUUGGUAGAUAACUUGAACGUUGUGUCCCCAGACACGAUGGUGUUGAGUUGUUGUGCAUAUAACUGUAAAAACACUGCGAAGAACAAGAGCCUCUCAUUCCACAAAUUCCCGCUGAAAGACCCCAACUUGCUGAAGAAGUGGCUAAAAAAUUUAAGAUGGAAAGACUGGAAACCUGCUCCAAACAGUAAAAUCUGCUCCAUCCACUUUGAAAAGAAGUGUUUAAUUGAAGAUGGGAAGAGAACAAGACUUCAUUCAUGGGCUGUGCCAACCAUCUUUUCAUUCCCAAAACGAUAUCUAGAAAGAAAGGUUAAAAUCAAUCCUAGAAGCAGAAGAGCUUUGGAAUGGAAGGGAAUUGUUGCAGACUCAAAUUCAUCAAGUCAAGCAGCACCUGAUAUGACAGCAGAAAUCUCGCAGAAGUCUAAAUCAGAAAAGCCUGAGCACAGAACUACAGAGAGUUUACAGCCGAACACUACCAAAAAUAGUUCCAGCCAGACGAGAGCAGACCCAAAGAGCGUUUCCACACAGCAGCUGACAGAACCGGAAAAAAGUUCAUCAUGGACCAUACUGGGUGAUGAAGCUCUCGAUAGAAGCAUGACUAUACCCAGUUUCUUUCACAGUGGAUACUGUUUGCCCAAUAACAUCCACUGGGCUGGAGAUGAUGAAUUAAAUAUUAUUCCCCAUGUGGCUUAUGGAGUUUUAGGAAAAAUGAAGCCCCAUAUAAUUGAGGUUAAAGAGAGGUGGGAAUGGCUUGGGCUGGAUGUUAGAGGCCCGUUCUCUCCGACAGUAGACCAGCACGCACACAUCAUGACCCUGACUGACUACCAUUCCAAAUGGGUGGAAGCUUUUCCUUUGACUCAGAAACUCAGUCAGGAUGUGGCCCAGUGUCUCGCUGAAGUCAUCAGUCAGCAGGGAUACCCUCUCGGAAUUCUCUCCCGGCUUCCCAGGCGGAUCCUCAUGGAAGUAAAUCGUGAGUUGAAGAAAUGCCUGAGGUUGAAUGCAACUGCCUUAGUGAUACAUCACCGGCAAACUGGGUACAUGGACUUAGUCACAGAAUCACUUCUUAAUGAGAUGCUGGAUGAGCUGGUAAAGAAGCACGGCAGUAUGUGGCACAUCCACCUCCCUGCUGCCACUCUCCGCCUCUGCUGCACAAAUCACCCCACUACCAAAGAGAAACCCUUCACCUGCAUGUGUGCCAGUGACCCGCCUUUCUCAUCGGCACCCAGAGAACUGCCUUACAGUGCUACUGAUGUUCGCUUGAGUUCUUUUGUCAUCCCAACCACUGACGCCAACAAUAUAGAAGCUGUGCCAGAAACUUUGGUGCACUGCCUGAAGGAUCAGAUUUUUUCCCAGUACAGAAACUAAAAGUUUCAUCAUAUUUACUUGACCUCAUGAUUUCAUGUUUUUCCAUGUACAUACAUAUACUGUAAGUAGAGAAACAAAUUUGCACUGUUGCCUUGUACAAAUAUUAUAAAGAAAUAUAAUUAUUUUUAAAACUGAAAAAGAAGCAGUAUCUUGUGUGUUUAAUCUCUUUUGUUUAUCCUUUGUCUUCAUUUGUGUUGAUAUUAUACAAUUAGUUCCAACUUGAUUGGUGUUCCAAAAUUGCUGAUAUAAAGUCCAACGGCACU